CAUUCGGGUAUGUAAUAAUUUCAAAAUGGUGGCCAGUGUCUAAUUAUAUUAAUAACUUAGGAAUUUUUGCAUUUCUGAACUCUAAUAUGAAUACUGAGACCAGAGACUUCCUUCCACCAUAUCUUCCUCCAUACGAGCAUCCGCCAGCAUGGAUUCCUCCUCACGAGAGAGAUCAUCAUCCAGACUAUUGUUCAGAUUUAGAAAGGUUUCUUCCGCGAAAUAUCAGUUUACAGCGCAGUAAAACAUCUGAACAGCUUGGUUUUAACAUCAGAGGAGGAAAGGAACACAACUGUGGUAUCUACAUAUCUAAGGUGAUGUCAAAUAGUGAGGCAGAUAGGUUAGGACUACAAGAAGGAGAUCAGAUUCUGUCAGUGAAUGAACAAAAUUUCGAGUUGAUAGAGCAUAGCGAGGCAGUGAAGAUAUUAAAGAUGAACACUUCUAUCUGGAUGGUUGUAAGAUACUUCCCCUAUGGUUAUAACCAGACAUAUUAUAAAGGUCGAAGUUCAUCCGGUGCACCUGACAGCCCAACAGCUUACAGAUAACAGUGCAAUAACAUUAACCUACUACACAAUCUACAUGUAUACAUAUAUCAGUGAAAUAACAUUUACAUUUUGUAGCAAUUGUAUAUUCCUCUUGAGAAGAGGUCAUAGUUCAAUGAAAUAUCUGAGAUCAUUUUCUUGAUCUUGAUUAUGUUGCAUACAAAUAACAGAAGAAUAAGAAUUAUAAUCAGGAAUAAUGUAUUUAACAGUGAAUUAACAAUUUUGGUAUGAGAAUAGUACUAGCUUACAGAUGACAUUUGAAUAACAGUGGCAGAUUGCACUCUAUUCACAGAUGACAGUAAGAAAUUGCACAUUCUAUUUACAGAUGACAGUAAGAAAAUGCAUAUUCUAUUCACAUAUGACAGUGACAAAUUGCACAUUCUCUUCACAGAUGACAGUAAGAAAUUGCACAUUCUAAUCAUUCACUAUUAAACAACAGUGACAGAUUUGAAAAAAAUCUACUCAUUAAUUACAGUUUAAAGUCAGUUACAAAUUGCACACUCUACAUGCUCACAGAUGACAUGAAAUUGAAAAACAGUGUCAAAUUGCAUGUUUUAAUCACAGAUGACAGUUGAAUGACAGUGACAAAUUGCACAUUCGUUUCACUCACAGAUGACAUGACAUUGAAAAACAGUGUCAAAUUGCAUGUUUUAAGCACAGAUGACAGUUGAAUGACAGUGACAAAUUGCACAUUCGUUUCACUCACAGAUUACAUGACAUUAAAAACAGUGUCAAAUUGCAUGUUUUAAUAAAUGAUGACAGUUGAAAAACAGUGACAAAUUGCACACUAUACAUACUUACAGAUGACAAGACAUUCAAAUAACAAUGACAUAUUGCAUGUUCUAUUCACAGAUGACAGUAAAAGAUUGCAUAUGAUUGUCAUUCACAGAUGACAGUUGAAUAACAGCAACAGGUUACACAUUUCACUCACUCAUACACAGAUUACAACUAAGUGACACAGGACAUAUCAUUUUACAUGUAAAUUAAAAUAUAUAAUAAAUUUAAUCUUCCAACAUUCCAUUUGUUAUAGUAAUAAACAUAUCAAUCAUCUUUUUCUAUUCACAUUUUAUUUUAGAUUUAGAGAUACAUUUUCUAAUUAUUUUAUGUUAAAAAAUUUUACGUUUGGCUCCAAAAUUUCGUAGAGGCAAAGUACUUUUGUAAGAAAACGAUUUUAUGAAAAUACUGUAAAGAAUCUUAAGGUCAUAAAAACUCAUUUUGAAAUAAAACUGUCUAUGAGGAAUAAUUUUCUAUGCUGUUAAAAUUUAUAUUUUCUUCUCUACAUACCGAGUAUAUUUUUUUAUUCAUGAUAAAUAUAGUAAUGUUUUCUUUAAAUAGAAUCUAGAAAUGUUACAAAAGGAUAUUGAUAAUCCAGUCACUAUUGGGAAAUCAUAUUUCAAAGUAUUUUUACUGAUUUUGUCCAAGUAUUUUUCGCUGAUUUUGUCCUUAUUGAUCUUUGAAAGACAAAAAACUUAUGUCUUGUUAAAGACUUCUAUGUGUGAUCUUUGUUUUCAAAGAUGUUAAUAAACAUAGAUUUAACUGCAUAUAUUUUUUGCUUUUGUAUACAGAUCAUAUUUGUUUAUUUGUAUAUUUAACUCAUAUACAGAUUGUAAAUUUUUGUAUGUUUUAAUUUGAUAUAAAAAAUUUUGAAACAUGAUUCAAUGCAUUUUUCUUGUAGUUUUCAGUAGUCGUUUUUUUGCGAAGAAAUUGGCUAUUACUUAGUAAUAUGACCAAAAAUGUGUUUAAUCACCGUGAAAACUAGAGAAAAAAAAACUAACUAGUAAAUUGUUUUAAUUGAUUUAGCUUAUACUCUUGAGUUUAAACUGCAACUUUCGACUUGCCAAUUCCAUCCGUAUGGAUGCUUUUUUCUCAAGUAUUGAGCUGACCUGAUGCAGUCUGACCUAACAUGAUACUUAAAGUUCCUUAUACUGAUACUGAAUUUUUACGUAAAUUUAACUGGGUUAAUGGUAUUUUUAGAACCAACAUAUGAUUACAGUGUUGUGUAUAACUUUUGUAAUAUUUUCAACAAAAUAUAUAUUUUCAA